AUGAGUUCUUUUAGCGUCGCGUUGUUAAUAUGUGCGGUUGUUGCUGUUCCACGCAGUCAUGAAAGCGAUACUGUUCGGGAAGCUAUAGAAGAAAGACUGACAACGUCAAUCCCUGCCUUCGACUCUACAGCCAGUAACGCUGCCUCUACGGCUAAUGAAUUUGCUUCUACGACUACUGGAUGUGCUUCUACAGCAACUGACUUUGCCCCUACAACCAGUGAAUCUUCCUCUGCCGUCAUGAAUCUAACAACAGGGUCAACGCACGUGGUAAGCCGUUCUGAAAAUCCCGAGGUCACAACAUUUGAAAUGUCCUCGUAUAGAGGAGAUAGCUGCAUCUCUAAAAUGGACGAUCACGUUGACCGAAUAAAUCUUGACCCGCACGACUAUCUUGGUAAAAUCGUCAUCCCGAUAACUUUUAUCGUCGGUUUGACUGGUAAUGCUGCCACGAUGUUUGCGUUGCAGGGUCAUCCGUUCAACAAGAUACCUUCUCGCUAUAUUCUGUCUUCUCUCACUGUCUCAGACUCUUUGGCUUUGGUAGUGAGCAGCCUUGGUAAGAAGACUGUCAAAGAUGUUAUAGGAGAAGACGCUGGCGCCUACGACAGAAAUAGCUGUAAAAUCUUUAUCUUUGUUUCGCAUUUUGCCAAAAUACUUUCAUCUUGGUUCGUGGUUCUAGUUUGUUGUGAGCGCUUUGUGGCGAUAUGUCUGCCUCUACAUGCAAAACAGAUCUGUACAAAAUCUAACGCUCUAGUAGGAAUCGUCAUUGUUGUGAUCAUUGCUGCCACCUUUAGUGGCAUUUGGACUUUGUCAACCGAAAAGGUAGAUUCCAGAUGUAACCCUAGCUACUGGACACCAGAGACGGAAGUCCGAGGAAAAGUGAUGAUCUAUAUUGGGUCGACUCUAAUUGGAUUACUUCCCAUGACCAUCAUGCUCAUUUUAACCCCUGUCAUGUGCAUCGUUUUGCACCGAAACCGUCACUUCCGGAAACGAAUCGCCACUACUCACAAUCCGGAAGUGACGAGGAUAUCGGCCAUGUUGCUCUCGGUUUGCAUAUCUUACAUCGUUCUCCUACUACCUUUAAUAAUAUCACACAACCUGGCUUUUAUUCGAGGAGAAAACCUAUACACCAGCCAGCAUCUGCCGCUCGUAAUCUUGGCCAAAGUGGGAAACACCUUGUCGGCCAUUAACUUCUCUUGUAAUUUCUUUCUGUAUGUCGCCUGCAAUGCGGCAUUCAGACGUCGCAUGCUCCGUGCCUGCAUUUGCCCUCAAAGAAGAGAGACGCGGUCACCCGAACCGAUCCCAACUCGGUCAACAGUAACGAAUUCGUUGUCAGAUAUCUCUAUAUUUGAAUCAACCAGUGCACCAAAUCGAAUAAUUCCUAUUGCCAAUAACGUUAACGUUUACUAA